CCUCCCAACUCUUCAGGCCGGGCACUUGAUUGUUCAUACUCACACUAUCUCCUCAUAAUCUGGAAACUAACACCACAUUCCACCUUUCUCAAUUUUGCUUCAUCUUUUUCUUCUUUCUUUAAUCCGAAAAAUCUAUUACAACAGAAAAUUAUAAAGAUUUCAGCAAUCUCUUUAUCCCUUGAAAGAUUUUGACAAUUUCCGUCAAAAAAUCAGGCCAGGCCAGGGUGCUGUGACUUAAAGCUCGUGGUUAUUGCAGUGCAAAAUGGCUACUAAUACUACUCACUGCCCGGCCCCUAUGAAGGCAACUUCCGAAGGGGUGUUUCAAGGAAACAAUCCACUCGAUUAUGCACUCCCUCUUGUAAUCCUACAGAUAUGUCUCGUUCUGGUGCUCACUCGUGUUCUUGCCUACCUUCUGAAACCACUAAGGCAGCCUCGUGUCAUUGCUGAGAUCAUCGGUGGGGUUUUACUCGGGCCAUCGGCUCUAGGUCGUAAUACAAAGUACCUUCAUGCGGUUUUUCCUAAAAAGAGCAUGCCCGUGUUGGACACAUUAGCCAACCUCGGGCUGCUGUUCUUUCUCUUCCUUGUAGGACUCGAGCUCGACUUACAGUCCCUUAGACGUACCGGCAAGAAAGCUCUGUCCAUAGCCAUGGCCGGGAUCACUCUUCCAUUCCUGUUAGGAAUUGGUGUUUCUUUUAUCCUCCGUGGAACGGUCUCCAAAGGGGUCAACCAAGGCCCGUUUAUUGUUUUUAUGGGGGUUGCAAUGUCUAUCACUGCUUUCCCUGUGCUAGCCCGUAUCCUAGCAGAACUCAAGCUUUUAACCACGGAUGUGGGUAAAAUGGCGAUGUCAGCAGCGGCUGUUAAUGAUGUGGCAGCUUGGAUUUUACUGGCCCUAGCUGUUGCACUCUCAGGCACUGGACGGUCACCAAUUGUGGCGUUAUGGGUAUUCUUGUGUGGGACAGCUUUUAUUGUUCUCUGCUCGUUUGUUAUUCCACCGAUUUUCAAGUGGAUGUCUCGUCGGUGCCCAGAAGGUGAACCGGUGGACGAGCUCUACGUUUGUGCAACUUUAGGUGUUGUUUUAGCUGCAGGGUUCGUGACAGAUACUAUCGGGAUUCACGCUCUUUUUGGGGCUUUUGUAGUCGGUGUUCUAAUCCCUAAAGAAGGCGCUUUUGCAGGGGCGUUAGUGGAAAAAGUUGAGGAUCUCGUCUCAGGAUUAUUCCUACCGCUAUAUUUUGUGUCAAGUGGUUUAAAAACUAAUGUAGCGUCGAUCCAAGGGCUUCAGUCGUGGGGGUUACUCGUCUUGGUCAUAUGCACAGCCUGUUUAGGGAAGAUUGCUGGUACUGUCGGGGUUUCUUUGUGGUGUAAAGUUCCCUUCUCGGAGGCUCUUGCCCUUGGACUUUUGAUGAAUACUAAAGGGUUGGUUGAGUUAAUUGUUCUCAACAUUGGAAAAGACCGUGGGGUGUUAAAUGAUCAAACUUUUGCGAUACUGGUUCUGAUGGCUCUUGUGACAACCUUUAUCACGACACCUUCAGUGAUUGCGGUAUAUAAACCUGCAAAAGCACCAACGAAAUCUGAAUACAAACACCGAAGAAUUUACAGGAAGGGUUUCUCCUCAAGUCCAUUCCGUAUGUUCUUCACUUUCCAUGGAAUCAGAAACUUACCAACAAUGAUCAAUCUGAUUGAAGCCUCGCGUGGAACUGGAAAGAAAGAGACACUUACUGUUCAUGCUAUGCACCUCAUGGAGCUCUCUGAGCGUUCUUCGGCUAUACUCAUGGUUCACAAAGCUAGAAGAAACGGGUCCCCGUUUUGGAAGAAAGAUCCAAAUGCUGACUCUGACCAAAUUGUGGUGGCUUUUGAGACAUUCCAGCAGCUCAGUAAAGUCUCAAUUCGACCCACUACUGCCAUUUCCGCUGUUUCAAGCAUGCAUGAAGAUAUCUGUAACGGGGCCGAGAGUAAAAAGGCAGCCAUGAUUGUUCUUCCAUUUCAUAAACACUUGAGACUCGAUGGUCACCUCGAGACCACCCGAGCUGAAUAUAGGCACGUUAACCGCAAGGUCUUGGAGCAUGCACCAUGUUCGGUUAGUAUCUUGGUUGACCGUGGGCUCGGGGGAAGCUCACACGUCGCUGCAAGUAACGUUGACUCACUCGUCACGGUUCUGUUCUUUGGUGGUCAUGAUGACCACGAGGCUUUAGCAUAUGGAGCCCGAAUGGCAGAACACCCUGGGAUUAACCUAGUUGUUGUUCGGCUCAUUCUGGACCGUGACCUGGCCCACCCGGAUUCAAUUAGUGUUGACAUUGAAGAGCCCAACAGUAUUGAAGCUCGGUCAAUGGAUGAUGAGGUGAUUGAUGAAUUCAAAGAGAAGCUCUUGAAGGAAAGCUCAAAUAAAUACAUCGAGAGAGUGGUUAAAAACGUUUCCGAGGCAAUUGAGGUGGUUCGUGAACAUAGCAAAUGCCACCUGAUUUUGGCUGGGAGGAUGCCAGAAGGAGAGCUUGUGGCGGCAAUGAGAAAAAGAAGCGAGUGCCCGGAGAUGGGCCCGGUCGGAAACCUUUUGCUCUCGCCCGAGAUGAACGUGACGGCGUCAGUGUUGGUGGUCCAGCAGUACCACACACAGCUGUCUAUGCAUUCUCUAGCUUCAUUGAAGGAGGAUGAAGCCACCACUGACCAGGGAGAACCAUGCAAAAACUUAGUCUUAUAUUUUCAUGACGUUCUUUAUGAUGGCCAAAAUGCUGCCAACGCAACUUCCGCGAUAGUAGGUGCACCCCAAUGGGGAAACCAUACGAUUUUAGCCAACCAGUUUCAUUUUGGGAAUAUAGUGGUUUUCGAUGAUCCAAUCACUUUAGACAACAAUUUUCAUUCGGUUCCAGUGGGUCGGGCUCAAGGGAUGUAUAUUUAUGACACCAAGAACACGUUUACCGCAUGGCUAGGCUUUUCAUUUGUGUUAAGUAGCGCACAACAUAAAGGGACCAUAAAUUUCAUUGGAGCUGACCCGAUUAUGGUUAAGAGUAGAGAUAUAUCGGUUGUUGGUGGGACGGGAGAUUUUUUCAUGCAUAGGGGGAUUGCGACUAUAAUGACCGAUUCUUAUGAAGGGGAAGUGUAUUUUAGGCUUCGUGUUGAUAUCAAGUUCUAUGAAUGUUGGUGAUAUAUAUCUCCCUAGCUAAUGCAUGAUUAUCGAUUGCUAUAGUGGUUUAUGCAAUCCAACUGGCUUUAUUGUUGUAGUCUUGUAAUAUUAAUUGCAUCUAUAAUAUAUAAGAGUAUCUUUUCCUUUGAAUAUUAUGAAAUAAGAGUACUGUUA